AGCAUCCUCUGCACAAAACAAAACAUUCUCUAGCCUCACUACUCGAUUCGCUAGAUUAGACACGACAAUGUCCGACUACGAUCACGACUCCGUUCAGGGCUCACAAGCCUCUCAAAUGAACGACGAGGAACGCCAGCGUAAGCAGGACGCUGAGCUCGCAGUCAAGAUGUCGAACGUCAUCGAUCCAGCACUCGACAGGAUGAAGCCAUUGUUGAAGCUGAUCACCGAGAGACUCGCCCGUGCCAAACGCGAUCAAGAAAAAGAGGAACUCGACGAAGAAGCGCUCGUCAAGGACGUUAGACCGCUCAUCGAAUCCGCUUACAACGUCCUCCAAGAGACACUCGGUGGUAUCAAAGCCCUCGACCCAGGAGGAAAGGUCUCGCAGCAGUCGAGUAGACGGGCGGCGGACCAUCAGGCCACGCCAGAAGAGCAGCAUCUCGCCGAGUCACUUGCGACGUUGACUGGGGAGGUGACCGAGACGAUCGAGAAUGCGAAGAAUGUUAUCCAGGAUAUGCCCCAUGCGAAGAGCAAUCUCGGGCCAUUGCUCGAUGCUCUUACCCAACCUCUGGCACAGAUUGUAGGAGGUGUUGGGCUCGUGCUGAAUGGAGUCCUGACCUUACUGGGCAACAUUCUUAACGGCAUCGGUCUCGGUGGUAUCCUCAAUGGUAUCCUCGACGCUCUAGGCCUCAACAAGCUUCUUGGCAGCAUCGGCCUCGGAGGCCUCGGCGACUCCCUUGGUGGCGGUAACAAGAUGUUCGGCCAAGACGACAAGAAAGACUCCGAUGCAGGCAAGACCAAAGGUAUCGACUUCGGAAAGGUGACCGGCGGUGCUACAGGCGGUCAGGGCGGUCAAAAGCAGGGCGGUGGUGUUGGGGGCACGUUGAGUGGGUUGACGGGACAGGUGGGUAAUACGGCGGGUGGAGCGGCGAGUGGGGCUGGGGGCGCGCUUGGGGGUGUGACGGGUGGAUUGGGGCUGGGUGGUGGUAAUGGAGGCGGUAACGGGAGAGAAGAAUAG